GCGAUGUGUCAUCACUAGCGCGAAAUAAGCAACAGCAAAAACAGGCAAAAGCAAAGCAAGAGCAUCAAGUGCAGUCAAAUUCGCACAAUUGGAGCUGAGCGCCAAGGACAAGGAGUCUGGUUUCUUGAGGAGAUUGGCGCCCCAUAGCGAUUACAAAGGAUAUCCUGCCGCACACACUCGCUAUCCUUUGCAUCGAGUGUGCGACAGUGUGUGCGUGCGUGUUCCUACACCUACAUAAGUGGGUGUUUGGCUCCGUUCGCGUGUGUGCGUGCGUGUGCAUGCGUGUGUGUGCGUGUGUGUUUGUGCGUGCAUCUUGACGAGAACGAAAGCCUCUCUUUUCCUGGGUAAACAAAAACAAAACACUUGAAUGUGAGCUGCAGUAUUGGAAUCGGGAUAAGGAUCAUCAGGAUUUAGGCGAGCACACUCAGCACAAAGCACUCAGCACUGGAAACGCACAGAAGCAGAAGCAACAUGUCCUCGUCGACGUCAGAGCGCAAGCGCUACCACAAGGACAACGCGCCCACGGAUGACAUCCUUACGCUGAUCAACCUGGUGCGCCAGAAUCCGGCUCUCUACAACUACAAACUGCAGCCGAACCAGCGACGCCGCUCAGAUGUCCUCAACGGAUGGCAGGAGGUCGCCCAGCAGAUAGGAAACAAGUACACGGUGCAGGAGGUGCGUCGCAAGUGGAAGAAUCUGCGGGACACGUUCCACCAGUACCGUCUCCGCACGCCCAAGUACAUCGAGGGCCGGCUGUCCAAGUGGCGCUACGCCAAGGAGCUGGAUUUCCUGUCGACGGUGUACCAGCCCAAGCUCAAAUCGCACCGCAACACGCAGAGCAGCUAUGAGACGAGUGGGGGAGGCGGCGGCGGUGGAGGCGUUGGUGGCGCUAAUAGCACCAGUUUGCCCAUUGGAGCGAUGCUGCAUUUGAAACAGCACGUGGACGAUGACGACGACGAGGUGGUGGACGAUGAUGGACAGUCGGAUCACGAUACCGCCACACUUUCCUCGCAUCACGGCGCCUCGCAGAUCACGCUGGUCAGCGAUGAGGCGGAGACCUUCAUCCUGACCGCCUACGAGGAGGGCGUUUCGGAUGACACUGUAUCGCAGCACCACCAUCACCAUCAUCAUGGCCAUCACCAGCAGCAGCAUCACCACCAGCCGCAUCACCAUCACCACCAUCAUCAUCAGUCCCAGCACGACGGCAGCAUCUCCAGCAUUGAGCUCUCCCAGAUUGCCCACGACGACGAUGUGGUCGAUGAUGUCGACGACGACGAUGAUGUCGUCGACCACGACGGUCAGAUGGACAUUGUGAAGCACGAACUGGACGAGGAUGGCGCCACCGGCGCCGAGGUUGACUACGAGGAGGUGUGCCUGUACGAGGAGGCCAGCGGUGCACAUGUGGAUUGCGAAAUGGGUGUGGGCGACGCCGUGGACGGCGGUAGCGAUGUAACCCACGGCAAGGGUUUCCACUACAUCGAUGCACACGAGUUUUGCAUAUCGGACAUUGAGUCGCAGACAGUUCGCUCCAGCCAGCAUCAGUUCACGACCAGCGGUGGCUCGGGCAAUGCCUCGAAUAGUGUCCUGGCCGGUGGAACUGUGGUGGCCGAUGGCAAGCUAAAGAAUCUCACGCUGGUCACCACCACAUCUACAGCGGCUGGGGGCGGUGGAUCAACAAAUCGUCAUGAUUCUUCGGUGUCAACGCAGCAGAUUUCCCUGGUGGAUGUAACCGAGGCGACCAGUACCAGUGUGACGAUUUCCAGCACGCCGGCCAUUUCUCUAAAUGCGGCCACCGUGACCACAACGCCAGCAGCAGCGCUGUGCAACACCACAUCCUUCACAUCCACGCCGACGGCCACGAUCCUUCAGUUGCCCUCCCUGAGCUGCGGAUCUGGCCAGCCAUUGGCCGUUAGUGCGGCGGCCAGCAGCUCUAACAAUCUCAUCAAAGAGGACGAGCUGCACCAGCAGCAGCAGGUGGCCCAGGCACUGGCCAAGCGUGAUGAGCUUGAUCUGUUCUUUGACUUUCUCAAAAAGAAGAUGCAGUGCUUCAGCAAGACACAGAUCACGCAAAUUCAGAUGGAGUUCCUCAACUGUGUCAGUCGGCAGGAGGCGGCCGAGCAGGAUGGCAAGGAUUAGGUGUCCACACGUUUUUAGUUCUGUUUCCCAGAAACCAACCACCACGAUCCCUAGUUGCUUAGUUUUUUCCAUGUAUAGGAUUAGGAUUCGUACCGUUAACCAGUUUGCAAGUUCGUGGCUUCCGCGUUCUUCAAUUAGCUUUAUCCUCCUCCACCCACGAAAUCCCGGAUCCUUGAAUCCCCUUUCACCACUAUGCACCAGCCAUUCGAGUAUGCAUAUAUAGUAUAUACAUAUACGAGUACAUAACCCAGCGUUACAAUCAAUUGUAAUUGGAAAUAAAUGUAAAAUAAAUCGAUUCUCGAAAACUA